AUGAGAGGCGGUUUUAUUUUCUUUAUAUCCAACAAAUUAUCAAAGAACUCAAAGCUUGUACCAGACGAUUAUGAAAUAAAGCAUACCCUGUUAAGACAACCUUUUGAAUGGCAGCCAAAGAUUUCUGAAGUCCAGCUGGGGGAAGGGAACUCUACAAAGAAACAGAUAUGCAGGAAUUCCGUCCAGGGAAAGAGUCUCCUUGUAGAUGAGAGAGGGUAUGUUUGUAACCGUACAUCAGUGGACCCCCACGGGUGUUGUAAUGUGAGGAAGGGAUCUAAAUCCACAUCAAAGCAUCGCUGUGAUACAUGUGUGAAGAAUGCCUGUUGUGUUGUGUAUGAAUAUUGUGUAUCCUGUUGUCUAAAGCCAGACAAGAGACCAUUACUACAGAAGAUUCUUACUAAUGCACGUGAGGGAUUAGACAUAGCCCUUGGCUCCGUAUCUGAUCACUUUGAACUCUGUCUGGCCAAAUGUAGAACUUCUUCUAUGAGUGUUCAGCAUGAAAACUCCUACCGAAAUGCAUUAGCUAAACAUUGCUAUGGAGAAAAUCCCCCAGAACUUCAAGCCUUAGUAACUUAGCUGACUCUCAGAAAACUGUGUUUUGUUGUGAUAUAAACAUGUAAAACA